GCAAUAGUUGACUUCACAGAUUUGAUGUCAAUAGGAUAUACAAAACCUAUAUUUGUAGUCUAAAAGUGAUAUUUGGUUGUGAUUAUCAAUAUAAAAUCAUAAUCUUUACCAUAUUCCUUUCAACAAACCAAAUGCAUGCGUGAUUACACAAAGACUUUUUCAACUGAUAACGGAUAUCGGGUUCCUAAUCAUUUUGCCGUCAACAUACAUAUGUAUGUACAUACUUGAUGUUUAUCAACAAACGCAUCGGUUCCUUAUUGCAUUUGAUAUAAAAAAUUGUACCUCCACAUCUUCCGAGAAAGCAACAUAAUGGAAGAUAUAAAUGCCAAAAAUUGGUCUUAUGAUAUUCUCAAAGAAAUAGCGCUGCAUGAACCAUGGCAGCCAGAUUCCAUCAACGAGGUAAAAUCUAUGUUUAUAAACGACAUUGGUUCCCCACGUCGCUACGAAUGUAUACGUACCAUGGGUGAUCUAAUAGACUGUUUAGAGCGUCGAGAUGUAAUUUCCGAAGAAAAGGUUGAGCCUCUGCAUCUUUUAGGCAGUAAGAAACUCGACGAGGCAAUCCAAACUUACAGCACUGCGCCAAGCGCGUUCAAGGCAGAAGGCACCAAUCAAUACCAUGAUUUACAUAUUGCAGAUGAAUUGUCACAUAAGCUAUCUAUAAACGGUCAAACCCCAGCAACGAUGAACGCAAAUAUUUGUCGGGAUAACUCGCGACGU